AAACAUCAAUAGAGUUGGUGAUUAUAGGUGAAGAUGGAGUUGUGCAAUCCAUCUGCGAGCAGCCUGUAUUUGGCACAAUAAAAGAUCUUGCUAUACUUCCAUGGAAUGAGAGAUUUCAUGCACGAAGCCCGCAGAUGCUAGGUAGAGACAUUUUGGUUGUUAUUUCUGAUUCAGGAAAGUGCUCGUUCCUCACAUUCUGCAAUGAAAUGCACAGGUUUUUCCCACUGACCCACAUUCAACUUUCUGCCCCCGGAAACUCCAGGCAUCAAGUCGGAAGGAUGCUGGCUGUUGAUUCUUAUGGCUCUUUUAUUGCUGUUAGUGCAUAUGAGGGUAGAUUGGCGUUGUUCUCAGUUUCAUUAUCUGCCGGUAGUGAUAUCAUUGAUAAGAAAAUAUUUUAUCCUUCUGAAAUUGAAGGGGACACAUGUACUGCAAGAGGUGUCACAAGUAUCUGUGGUACCAUAUGGAGCAUGUGCUUUAUUUCAAAAUAUUCCAUUCAACCAAGUAAGGAGCAUAGUCCUGUAUUAGCCAUUCUUCUGAAUAGGAGGGUAUCAUUCCGGAAUGAGCUUCUUUUAUUGGAAUGGAAUACUAGGGAAAAUGCUGUGCAUAUAAUUUCUCAAUAUGCUGAAGCUGGACCCCUAGCACUCAACAUAGUUGAAGUUCCUAGUUCUUAUGGAUUUGCCUUACUAUUUAGGGUUGGUGAUGUGCUACUGAUGGAUCUUAGGGAUGCUCACAACCCUUCUUGUGUCUACAGAAUAAGCUUAAAUUUCUCACCCUAUCAAGUGGAGGUGCAGGAAAAUGUUAUUGACACAACAAGGAUGUUUGAUGGCGAUGAAGAAGGAAUAUUUAGUGUUGCUGCCUCUGCUUUACUGGAGUUGAGUGACAUAAAUAAAGAUGACGAUCCAAUGAAUAUAGAUGGUAAUAGUAUCAAUUUUAAAUAUUCCUCGAAUUAUGUGUGCUCAUGGAGUUGGGAACCAGGAAAUGAAAACAGUCCAAGGAUGAUUUUCUCUGCAGAUACUGGUGAAAUUUUUUUGAUUGAAAUUUUAUCUGAUCCAGAUGGCCCCAAAAUAAAUCUAUCUGAGUGUCUAUAUAAAUGUCUUCCGUGCAAGACAAUUUUGUGGGUUGAAGGUGGAUUUUUAGCUGCACUUAUAGAGAUGGGAGAUGGGAUGAUCUUGAAACUUGAAGAGGGGAUGCUACUUUACAGAAGUCCUAUCCAAAACAUUGCACCAAUCUUGGAUAUGUCAGUUGUAGAUUGCCAUGAUGAGAAGCAUGAUCAAAUGUUUGCAUGCUGUGGGAUGGCACCAGAGGGAUCAUUAAGGAUUAUUCGAAGUGGUAUCAGUGUGGAGAAGCUGUUGAAAACUGCCCAUAUAUAUCAAGGCAUAACUGGGAGUUGGACAGUUAAGAUGAAAGUGAUGGAUUCUUAUCAUUCAUUUCUUGUGCUAUCAUUUGUUGAAGAGUCUAGAGUGCUCUCAGUUGGUGUGAGCUUUAGUGAUGUGACUGAUGCUGCUGGCUUCCAGCCUGAUGUCUGUACUUUGGCAUGUGGUAUUGUGGGUGAUGGUUUGCUGGUCCAGAUCCACCAAAAUGCAGUUAGGCUUUGUUUGCCCACAACAGUUGCCCAUCCUGAAGGUAUUCCUUUGUCGUCUCCAAUUUGCACAUCGUGGUGUCCUGAUAACAUGAGUAUCAGUCUGGGAGCAGUUGGACAAAAUUUGAUUCUUGUUGCUACUUCCAGUCCAUGCUUCUUAUUUGUUCUUGGGGUCAGACUUCUAUCAGCUUUCCAGUAUGAAAUAUAUCCAAUGCAACAUGUAAGAUUGCAGAAUGAAUUAUCCUGCAUUUCUAUUCCUCAAAAAUGUUUUGAGCAAAAACCAUUGAGUUCUCAUUUUAAUUCCUCAGAUAGUGGCCUUAUGGCUUCCCUUCCAGUUGGAGUUGAUUUAGGAAAUACCUUUGUUGUUGGGACACAUAAGCCUUCAGUGGAGGUUCUGUCUUUUGUUCAUGAUAAAGGCCUAAAAGUACUUGCUAUAGGGGCCAUUUCAUUAACAAACACUAUGGGAACCACUAUUAGUGGAUGUGUUCCUCAAGAUGUUAGACUUGUGCUAGUUGAUCGACUCUAUAUUCUUUCGGGAUUGAGGAAUGGAAUGCUACUUCGCUUUGAGUGGCCUUUUGCCUCUGCAAUGUCCUCAUUAGAUUCACCCACUCAGAAGGCUUAUAUUGGUUCCUCGUUGAUGAAUUCCUUGCCUUCAUCUAACUCUUAUCCGAAUUAUGCUGUCCCAACCAUAUGUGGGCCUAAUAUAUCUGCAAAGAUGAAGGACUGUGCUCCUGUUAAUCUUCAACUGAUUGCAAUCCGACGCAUAGGCAUUACUCCUGUUUUCCUGGUUCCAUUGAGUGAUUCGCUUGAUGCAGAUAUAAUUGCUCUCAGUGAUAGGCCUUGGUUAUUACAGACUGCAAGGCACAGCCUCUCAUAUACAUCUAUCUCAUUUCAACCGUCCACACAUGCAACUCCAGUAUGUUCGGUCGAAUGUCCUAAGGGAAUUUUAUUUGUUGCAGAGAACAGUCUCCAUUUGGUGGAGAUGGUACACACUAAGAGGCUUAAUGUGCAGAAAUUUCACCUUGGAGGCACCCCGCGGAAGGUUUUAUAUCACACUGAAAGCAGGUUGUUGCUUGUCAUGAGGACUGAACUGAGUAGUGAGUCAUAUUCCUCUGAUAUCUGUUUUGUAGAUCCUCUCAGUGGGUCGGUUGUUUCAUCUUUUAAACUUGAUCCUGGGGAAACGGGUAAAUGCAUGGAGUUGGUCAGGGUUGGAAAUGAACUAGUUUUGGUGGUUGGAACAAGUCUCUCUACUGGCCCAGCUGUAAUGGCCAGUGGUGAAGCUGAAAGCACCAGGGGCCGUCUGAUAGUCCUCUGCCUUGACCAUUUGCAAGUUUCAGAUAGUGGUUCUAUUGCAGUUAGUUCAAAGGCUGGUUCAUCUUCUCAACAAACUUCUCCUUUUCGUGAAAUUAUUGGGUAUUCAGCAGAACAGCUAUCAGGCAGUAGUAUUUGCAGCAGCCCAGAUGAUAAUAGCUGUGAUGGAGUCAAGCUUGAAGAAACUGAAGCUUGGCAUCUGCGAUCAGCGUACUCGACUAUCUGGCCUGGAAUGGUACUUGCUGUCUGUCCUUAUCUUGACCACUAUUUCUUGGCUUCUGCUGGUAAUGCUUUUUAUGUCUGUGGUUUUCCAAAUGAUAAUUCUCAACGAGUGAGAAGAUUGGCUGUAGGAAGAACACGCUUCAUGAUAAUGACUUUGACUGCACAUUUUACCAGAAUAGCCGUUGGCGAUUGCCGAGAUGGGAUCCUUUUCUAUUCAUAUCAUGAGGAAGCCAAGAAACUGGAGCAACUUUACUGUGACCCUGUUCAGAGGUUAGUUGCUGAUUGCAUGCUUAUGGAUGUCGAUACUGCUGUUGUUUCGGAUCGUAAAGGGGGUAUUGCUGUCUUGUCAUGUUCAAAUCAUUUAGAAGAUAAUGCAAGUCCGGAAUGCAACUUGUCGUUGAGUUGUUCAUAUUACAUGGGUGAGAUAGCCAUGAGCAUCAGGAAGGCAAGUGCUCUUACCCGUUGGCUUCAACUGCUCAUAACAUUGUCAUGUAUCACCUUGACUUGAAGCUUUCAUUAACUUUUGGAUCUCGUAAUGCCUUUAUUUAUUUCUUAAAUAGCAUAUAUGCUAACAUUUUCUGUUAUGUGAUGCCAUAUGCUUGGUGGGUCACACUCCUUUCCAUUUGUCAGAUUAUAUUUCCAUCGCAUGGAGUACCUAUAUGUAAUGCUUCUCGCAGGUUAUAAUAUAUGCAACAAGUGAUAGAAUUGGAAUUGGUAGAUAUAGAUACCAAUAUUUAGAUUGGUUGUUUACAAGUUUGUUAUGGGAAAAAGUUUUGAUUGGAGUUUUAAAUGUUUAUAGAGCAGAAGGGUUACUAUUUAGAGGAUAAGUGGUAACUGGAGAGGUUUCACAUAAUUGCCUUAUACACAAUGAAGCCAGAUAGAUGGAUGAACAAAUCAUAUAGCUAUAUUGUAGUCAUAUGGAUUCAGAUUGUUGGGGUCGUCUCAUUGCUGUUAUUCUUAGUUUUUCUGUUAUUGGGGUCAUCACUUCUUUUGUGAACUUCAUGUUUGAGUUCGUGAACAACGAAUUUUUUUUUUUGGGGACGCAUAAGCAUGGUUAAGUGUUGGGGUUUCUUGUAGUGUGUGAGAAAAUUUGGCUAAUUUGACUUCGUCUUAUUCCUUAAUGGUGGGUGCACAACUUUAAAUCCAUCUCUUUUGCUGCCCUUUUUUGAUUCACAUUUCUCUUUUUUUCGUUCUGAUUGCUGAUACAAUCCAAAUUAUCUUUCCACUACCAUUAGUUGGGAGUGUUCAACAGUUUGGGAGUUUGUCUACAUCUAGUUGUCACUUGUAUCUUAGAAAAAAAUGGUUGUUUGAAGGAAAAUGAGAGUGGAAACACUUUGGGAGGUGUAUGGCUGAUGAGAAUAGUUAGCGGGGAUAACUUGAUUAAUUGGAUACUAGAUACUAAAUUUGUGCCUGAUGAUGAAGGAUAAAACCUUUUGGGGCUUAUAUUAGGUUGAAUUAAUAUUUGCAGUGUGCUUUACGUUUGGAUAAGGAGUGUCUUUUGAGUAUCAAGGUACACCGUACACAAAUUAAAGAAAACCAUAUGCUGUGCGUGCUUGGAAUUUCGACAAUUGAAGCUCUUACUUGCCUAGGCUUUAGGAUAAAGAGAGAUCCCGUAUUCUAUUUCUAUACAUUGAAUAAGUGUUCAUAGCGUAGACCACAAAUGGCUUAGGAAGAAGGAAGUUCAAAAUAGAGUGAAUUUUAUGGAUUGUUACAGGAAAAAAAGAGUGUCUGACUAAUUUUUUAGUAGGAUUUAUCUACACUUGCCUCAAAAGUAUUUUAUUUAGAGUUACAUAGAUUUUAUUUCAUUUAUUUAUUUACUUAUUUUCGAAAAGGUUGAGAACUUCAGUUUAUAUUUUUUGCUACGGAAGCUUGGAUGAGCCCACAUCUACUGUGGGAAACAUAUUUGAAAAUGCCAUUGGGUCAUCCCACGGCCUUGGAGAUCAUCAUAUUUUGUAUUGUCUAUUAACAUAAAGAAAGUAUUUUUGGUUACUCUAGAUUUCUUGCAUGGGCUGUGCCAGUCGUCCAUGUAUGUUGUUUAUGGUCUGGUGUUAUUAUAUGUAUAUAUGGUCUUUGCUAGGUUUAUGUAGUCUUGCUAAAUUGGAAUUCUUGGCUUUUAAACCUGAAAAAAUAGGAUUAGUAGUCAAAAGAGAUCAUUAGAGGAUAAUCCCAGGAACUUUUAAUCUGUCAUUAGUUAUUUAGGGAAGGUAUUUUCAAAAAAAUGUGGCCAAGAGUGGGCCAGGAUAAAAGGUUAUUUUGUCUUGCAUGCACACAUAAAUGUUCUAAGUCAUGUGCAGUGCUUUAUUUCUGGAGUUGGUCGUCAGUUGUUUUUGUAUUAUUCAGAGUUGCUUUCUCAGAAUGUUUCAUCAGUAUUUACUUAUUUACUUUAUCGCUGAAACUUCUUUGGACUGUGUUCCAUAUGGCACAGGAGGAGGUUAUUUUUACUGUUAUUUCCAAAAUCAGUGAUAUGCGUGAUUCUAUUGUAGGGGUUAUUCUCUUACAAGCUUCCAGCGGAUGAUGUUUUGAGGGACUCUAAUGUAGCUAGUACAAUUACUGACUUGUCGCACAAUAGUGUCAUGGCCAGUACGCUUUUAGGAAGCAUAAUAAUCUUCAUCCCUUUUGUAAGGGAGGAAUAUGAACUAUUGGAAACAGUACAAGCUAGACUUGUGGUUCACCCACUGACUGCUCCUAUCCUGGGAAAUGAUCAUAAUGAGUUUCGCAGCCGUGAAAGUUCGGCUGGGGCACCUAAGAUACUUGAUGGCGAUAUGCUAGCUCAAUUUUUGGACCUUACAAGUAUGCAGCAAGAGGCUGUGUUAGCACUACCUCUUGGCUCGCCAAAGACAGUAAUGUUGAGUUCAAAACCAUCCCCUUCACCGAUUACUGUUAAUCAGGUUGUGCGGCUCCUUGAACGAGUUCAUUACGCCCUAAACUGAAUCUCUCCUUUGUCUUUCUCCAUGCCAUGGCUGCUGAGCUGUGAAAUUGUUUUGUGAGCCCUUGAGAAAAUCAAAUGGUCAAAUUGAAGGGGAAGAGCAGCACAAUAUUUUCGAUCAGCACAAUUUGUUAGCCAUCUAAGUAUCUGAAUGAACUACGCUCUGAACGAUGUUGGCUCAACAUAUGUUGUAAACAGAUUUGGUUGCAAGGAUGGGGUUCAACAACCAUACAGAUGGAAAUCCCCUGACGUUUAGGUUCAUUAUGCUCGCUGUCUUGGGGCUACAGCGCCACAGCAACUCGGAGAAUGUACCUGUCUAUAACUCGGCCUGUUUAUCUCGCAGCCUUCGAUAUACUGUUAAAAACUCAAAAAUCAUUUCGUAGAAAAUUCAUUGUAAUUAUUUGUUCUGGCCUUUUCUAUUUGUGCCCCAUUUUGCUUACCCCGGGGUUUUUUGUAAUACUUCUUCCUUCCAGGGCAAAUGAGUAUUUACCUACCAGAAUGGAGCUUUUUAUUUUCCCUGUAUUCUUCUUUGUUUAUUGCUGUAUUAGUCAUGACUCAUGAGUUCAACUGCUUAUAUGUAAAGGCUUGGUCUCUGAUAGGUAUUGUAUUAUAGCCGUGGUUUCCAUUUCUGUC